CACUCACUUUUUACUAGCUUAGUAUAACAAAAUGUCGGAGACGGACAGUGGGACAGCGGAGUGCUGGGAGGCGGCGGCAGAUGACAACGGCGACAGUGUGGAGGCGGCGAGCUCGGCCAUGACCACGACCCUCAACGUUAACGCCCCGGUCUUCAUUCCCAACGUGAAUGCCCCAGAGUUCGUCCCCAGUUUUAUGAAGGACAACGCAGGACACACCCAGCCAGCGGCGCCAGAACGAGACAAGGGAAAAACAGUAGAAGUUGGUAGAGCGUACUUUGAGACAGAGCAGAAACAUUUCACAAUCCUUGAUGCCCCAGGUCACAAGAGCUUUGUCCCAAACAUGAUUGGUGGAGCUUGUCAAGCUGACCUAGCUGUUCUGGUUAUAUCAGCACGAAAAGGGGAAUUUGAAACUGGCUUUGAACGGGGAGGUCAGACGAGAGAGCAUGUCAUGCUGGCUAAGACAGCAGGGAUUAAACAUCUUAUUAUUCUCAUUAACAAAAUGGAUGACUCAACAGUACAGUGGUCAGAAAAACGCUAUAAUGAAUGUAAGGAGAAACUUGUCCCCUACUUAAAAAAGGUUGGGUUUUAUAGCAAAGAUAUCACAUUCAUGCCAUGUUCAGGGCUAACUGGUGCUAACCUUCGAGACCCAAUUGAUGAAAAUGUAUGCAGUUGGUUUAAGGGCCCAGCUUUUAUCCCAUACAUCAACGAUCUGCCUCCCUUGAAUCGUAAUGUGACAGGACCUUUCAUGAUGCCUAUAGUUGAUCGCUAUAAUGACAGAGGAACUAUUGUCAUGGGUAAAGUGGAAUCUGGUGGUUGCAAGAAAGGGGAUAACCUUCUUGUGAUGCCAAAUAAGACUAUGGUAAAUAUAGAUUUACUGUGGAGAGAUGAAGACGAAGUAUCAGCAGUAAGGUGUGGUGAAAAUGUCAAAGUAAAGCUGAGAGGAGUAGAAGAAGCUGACGUUGCCCCAGGAUUUGUCCUAUGUGAUCCAAGUAGCCCUUGCAAGACAGGAAAGAUCUUUGAUGCUCAGGUUGGUGAUCUAUUCCUCCCUCCCACACCUCUCUCUCUCUCUCGUGCUAUGUCCUCGUCUCUCUGCUCUAAUGCAAUUAACACAGGUCCACUCUCGAGUCCCUGGGCAUUUAGACACGCCCCUCGCCCGGCCUUAGCUCCGCCCACAAACCAUCUACAUAAAUAUCGUCACAGAGGUGUAUCUCAACCGAUCCUAGAUGCCAUAAAAUUUGGUGAUGGUGAACCAGAUCGUGAACCGGGUUCUCAAAAACCCAUGAACACAUUUUCAUGA